AUGUACCAUGUUAUUGAUAUGCCUCUUGACAUAGUCGCUGAUGAUGACAUCGAUUUGUUUGACGAGGAGCCACUGGAGGAUGACGUUGAGGGCGAGGCCCUUAUAGCUGCCGAUGAUCUCUUGCUUCUCGCAGAUGCUCCUGCUGAGGAAUCACCUGCCCAUUCACCUGUCCCAGACUCUUUCGAGUCUGUGGCAUCGGCACCAUCACACGCGCAGGGCGCGCAGCACUACUCGCAUGAUUCAGACCCCGAUAGGGCGUCAUCUGCUGCACCUGCCCCUGCUCCGAGUUUUGUUAUUGAUCACGACAUUGAUGAGGAUUCCGACCCCGUCUUCCCACCUGGGUUCGAUCCAGACCAGGACAUUGACUUUAUACACCUAGAUCAGCCCAUAGAGGACCCAGUUGAUCCUGUUGACCCUGCGUUUGCUGACCCUGCAGACUUCGAGAUGGAGUUUGACGACCCGGAGCCUGCUGUGGCCCCCGAGCCAGUAGUUGCUCCAGAUCCCGUGUUCGAGCAUGACCCUAUUCAUGCAGAUAUACCCAUUGUUGAUCCUUUGAUUGCUGAUGUACCUAUCGAUGAUCACCCUAUUGUUGUUCCACUAUUGGAGGAUGAGCAUGUUGUUGAUGUUCAGGUUGAUGCCCCUCACAUUGCUGAUAUACCCGCUGAUCCUGUUGUUGUUGCUCCUUUUCCUGACCCGGUGCCUCUAGAGCCUGACCAUGCACUCUUUGCGACUCAUGUUGACCCCCGUUAUGCGCUCACCCGGAAUGGGUGGAUAGUGGAUGAUGAUGAUUUUCCACCUUUUGUGGUACCAGUUACACCUGUUUCAGCACCUACUUCAGCUCCUUUUGAUGCACCCUUGUUCCCCACCCACACUGCUGAUGCUCACCGUACAGACCUGCCCAUCACAUUUCUCUAG